UUCCAGCUGCCUGAAUCAACGGUAAACGGAAUUUCUUCCAUUUUUUUCUUAGGGCUAGCAAUGGUUAGUGAUAUUUGUCUUUGUCUGGUCAACGGCAAUAGGUAGCCUAAUAAUGCAAUUUACACUGAUUUUGCUGCUCGGACUUUGUUCGCUGAGCGCAUACUCAGCCGAAGAUCUGCUCGAGCUGGGCUGCACCACGAACGCGCAAUGCGAAAAAUUCGAGGGCGGCCAUUGUCAUGAUUCGAGCUGUGUGUGCGUAGCACGUGGCAGCAACGAGCACAUCCCCUGCCAGCCCAAGGACAACAAGUUGAGCAACAUAAUUGGCGGGCCGUGUCCCUGCAGCCAGCCGCAUGCCGAAUGCGACACAAAGAUGCAGCAGUGCUUCUGCGCCGACAACUAUAUGGCCAGCGCGGAUAGACGCCGCUGCUUGCCGCUUCAGGUGGCCCUGGAUGGAGCCUGUGAGCUGUCGCGCCAAUGCCAGCGGGCGGACACGUUUGCCGUCUGCCACAUGUCGCAAAAGCGCUGCAUAUGCCGGGAACACUUUGAGCAGCAUCAGGGCAGCUGCCGGGCGCUUCUGGAUAUGGGCUGCAGCAACAAUACGCAUUGCGAACCCAUUGGCGCUUCGAUUUGCCUGCCGCCGGCUAAAAAGUGCGCCUGCAUUCAGGAUUAUGUGCCCAAUCACAAUAUGACCAGCUGUGUGUCGGGCGUUGGAUUUGGCAGCAAUUGUACGACUCCCGCCCAAUGCCAGCUGCAGCUCGGCGCCGGCAGCACGUGCCGCGACAAUCGCUGCACCUGCCGGAUCAAGCACUACCUAAAAAUGGAUCAGGAACCGAACAGCGCCGUUUGCGAGCCCCUGGUGCCAUACGGCGCCUAUUGUCGCCGCACGGAGGACUGCCAGCAGCAUCAACCGGAUGUGGAGAACCGGGUGCAUGAUGCACGGAUGCACUGUUUUAGGGGCGAGUGCCAAUGCCGGCCCGACUUUCGUGUUGUCGACAAUCAACACUGCGUGCUGGACACAUCCGCGGCUAAUCCGCGAUAUAGACUGCAACACGCACCGCUCUCCAUGCUAAUUUUUUGGCCAAUUUAUUAUUAUGUAUAGAGAGAGAGAGAGAGAGAGAGAAAGAAAAAUAAACACACACAUUG